AUGGGGAAAAGCUUUAUGGUUCAAUGCCGCGGGCUGCCGUGGACUUGCACUGACGACGAGUUGAAAAAGUUCUUUGGAAGUGGGUUCCGCUGAAUUCUUGCGUUUUUAUUUUGAUGGUUUUAGACAAAGGGAUCGAUUUUGUUGAUAUCCCUAAAAGGAACGGGAAAUCCACUGGGGAGGGACUUGUUUGCUUUAACAACGAAGACGAUUACAGACAAGCUCUGAAGAAGGACAAGGAUUACAUUGGGACAAGGCGAGUUUAAUGAAAAUUCUGUCCGGAGAAUUGAUUUUUAUCCUUCAUGUUUUCAGAUUCAUCGAAGUUGGGCCGAUGGAAUCUUCUCGGCGACCGCGGGAGGAUCGCGAAGAGCGUCGCGAAUCUCGACGCGAUCGUCGCGACAGCGAUAGGUACGCAAUUUUCAUUAAUAAUUUAGGUUUUUAUGUAUUUAUUUUUGUGAUAUUCAAUUUUUCGACCUCUUGAAAUUCACACUGUUAUAAAAUACAAAUUUUCAGCUCCUCUCGAUUUUUUUGAUUUUUUUAGAGAAAAAUAUUUUUAUUUGACAUUUUUUUCUUCUUGUUUUUUUGCGUAAAAAGAAAAAAAUGUUCUGUUGUAAAAAAAUGUUCAGAAGGCUGUUUUUUUAUCGUAAACUACUGAAAAAUUUGAAACAGAAAAAUCGAAUUUUUGAGUAUUCCAUCAGAAAUAUUCCAUUUUACCUUUAAAAUAAAUUCAAAAAUCUGUCAAAAAAAUUUGUCUACAUUCACUAUUUUUUUUGAAUUUUUCAGAUACGAGCGUCCUCCACGCAACUACCGUCCUCCAAAUGGUUUUUGCUACAAAUCAAAAAAAUCAGAAAGUUAUUUAUAUUUUCCAGACGGCCGCCCAUUGCCGCCAUACAAUGGCGAGGGUAUCGUCCGUCUGCGUGGAAUCCCGUUUUCCACGCAUUUCCGGGACAUUAUCGAUUUCUUCUCACCGCUUCAUGUUGUUCGGGUUCGUUGGCUGAAGAGAGAAAAAAAUAUGAAAAAUCUAAAAUUUAUAUAAUUUCGAAUAAUGUUCCAGUUCCAUAUAAUAAUUUUUCUAGCGCCAUAAAAAAAUGAUAUACAUUUUUUUCAGUGUUUUAUUUUUUUAUUUUUUUUAUCUUGUCUGGUUUUUUUAUUGAAGCAAGCUUUGUCAAGAUUUCGAAAUUUUUCUGAUUUUAUAGUUUUUUUAUUUGUGAUGAGAGAUCAAUAAUCUGUUGUAAAUCUUCUGAAAAACGUAGAUUUUUUUGAAUUUUUUUGUUGUUUCUCUGAAAAAUAAUCGCGAUUUUACGUGAGGAAGGUCGGAAUUGAAGAUUUGACAUUUGAAUAUUCCUUUCAAAAAUUCCACAUUUUUUUGAUUAGUGUUGAUCUUUUUUUCAUUGAAGGGAAGAGCUGUAUUUUAUUUUUUUUAUAUUUUUUUAUUUUUAUAUUUAUUGAAUUAUACAAUCGAUAAUUGCUUUUUUUGUUCAGUUCACUAAUUUAAUCGACUAGGCGAUAAUAGAGAUCUUUUGAUGUAAUGAUAAAUAUAUUUUCCAGUUUAUUACCUGAAAAAAAAAACAUUUCCAGCACGGCGUUCUGCUACCGAACCCUGACUUGGCGGCCAGAAGAAACGGCGAGGCUUUCGUCAUUUUCGACAACGCCGAAUCGGCCAAUCUUGCUCAGAAUCGUCACAUGAAGAACAUCAAACAUCGGUAAAUCAACUUUUCGGGUUUAGAUUCGCAGGGCUGGGAAUGGCUUGAAAAGGGUUUUGAGGCGUUCGGUGGCUUCCAGCAUUUUGCGAGGAGAACGAAGAGAUUUUUUGAAGGGAAGAAGUGGGAGGUUGAGCUCUUGAUGUCAGAUUUUAGAAGGGAAUGGCGAAAAUUAGACAUUUUCGUGUUUUAGGUGUCAUUUUAAUAACCUAGUGUUCUUAGAAAGAGCUCAGACUUUUCCAUCAUCAAGCUUUUUUUAUUUAUGGGAGAGUCUGACUUAGAGUGUGAUGUGAAGCGGAUCAGAAGAAAGGUGAAAGACUACGGUAAGGGUCGUAGCUAUACCUUUUAUGAGGAAAAGUUCAAGUUUCGGGAGCUUAACGGAUUUUUUUGCUCACAAUCUCUUAAAAAAUUUCAAUGAUGGAUUAUUCAUAAACAAAUUGUAUCCAACAAAAACACGAUAAGUUUAUUUUGAAUCCGAAAGGACGGGACUUUUUUGAAGAUGUCUGCGGCAAUAUCCGAUUCUAGUUUUGGAAUAGGGAUGAAAACAAUUGGCCAGGAUUUUCGUUGUAAAAUUCCUUCACUGGAGUUUGGUGUGCAGCGGAUCUCCUCAAUGGAAUCAGGGCUUUUUAAUUUUACUGAACAGCUGAAAGUUGUGAAAAAUUGGUCAAAUUUAGACAGAGAAGUUUGUUGGAGACCAUGUAGUAGGAUUUGAAGUUCAAAAGUUUAAUACUGGUAAAGUCUUGGAAGCUUGUAAAGCAUUUCAGCAAAACUUCAGCUUUAAAUUCUCUUUUCUUUAUUUUUUUUUAUAGGCUCGUACGACAAUUUUUGUGUUUAGUUUCGUGAUGAGAAAAAUGAAGUUGGGUGUGAAACGAAGAAACUUUUUCAAAAAUUGACGGAGUCUCGGAUUAUUAUGGUGUUGGUGGUGUUCGGUAAUGCAGAGUUCCAGGUACAUCGAGGUGUUCACGGCGACCAUGGACGAGCUGAUGAUGUUCUGCGAAGACAACGACGUCAGACCGCCCUUCCGACCUCCAUCCGGCGGCGGCGGCUAUCCGCCUCAGAACAGCAUUCCUCCCUUCGCCAACGGACCUCCUUCCUCUGGUCCAGCUCCUUACGGCCGCGGCCCUGAGCCUGGCUACGGAGGUCGUCCGGACGGCUACGAGGCCAGCUACAAGUCUCGUCCGCCCUACGACUAUGAGCCCUAUCCUCCAGCUCCUCGUCGUGACGAUCCUUACGCCGCCAAUGCGCCGGCCUAUCCGGACGCUUACGAUCGUCCUCCGCGUCCUCGACCAGACGCCUAUCCGCCGGCGAUGGGACGAGACCCGAGAGACCUCCCACGCGAACAGUCAAGAGACCCUCGUGACGGCUAUCCUCCGUCCAGACCGGCCUACCCUUCUGACUCCUACGACCGUGGAGCGCCAGCCUAUCCGGCUGCGUAUCCUGCCCCGAAAGACGACUACGCUGAUCCUCCGAGACGCGACCCGGAUGUCUACUAUGGGUCCUUUGAGAGAAGACCUGGUCCGCCAGAGCCGGCCAGAAGAAGCUAUGAAAGUGGGUACGACAAUUGGAGAGCUGGCGACAAUUACGGACCACCGCCGCAGCCGAAGGAAGAUCCCUGGGGAGCGGAUCCGUACAGUGGGGGACCGUCUUACGAUCGCCUGCGGCAGCCUUACGCCCAAGAGGACGUGGGCGGUCCGAUGCGACGUGGUGAGGACCCUCGCAUGAAGGCUGGGGCGGACCCUUACGAGCGGCCGCCGCCCAGGGACUGGCGCUAUGAUAGAGAUGAGCGCGAUCGUGGGGACAACAACGGGAACGGGCCUAAGCUCAUGCUCAGAAUGCGUGGCGUGCCGUUCAGAGCCGACGAGGCUGAGCUCUACGAGGUUGGUUAUGUUAAUGUCAGGGAAAAGGAGAUUUUUGGCUGGUGUUUGAGGGAGAGUAGCGUGUUUUGAACCUUCUAAGAAGGAUAGGUGACCGGCAUAAAGUUGAAAAAGAUUUGAAAGGUAUUUCGGAUAGUUUGAUCUCGAUAUUUUGGUGGCCAAUCUUCACUGGUGAUGAAAGUUUAAAAGGAAAUGAGAUCAUAGGAUUUUUGACUUUAUGACUUUUUCAGUUGGAAAUUUUUUUUAAUUAGACCAGGCUAGGUUAUGCGAAAUAGAGGUUUUAGCAAGACAUUUAAGAAAUCUUUGAUAGAAUAUUGAUGCAUAGAAAGGAACUAUAAAAAAAUAUUUCGCGGAAAAACUGUAGUUUACCUCGAAAAAAAUUCCAACUUUUACCUUGAAUCUGGCAAAAAAACAUUUAAGAACUCUUGGGACAGGACAGAAAAAAAGGUUUGUUUUUUUGGAUUUUUUUCUUCAUGAUUUCCUGAAUAAACUUCCCUUAAAUGACUUUAUAAAUUUAACCUUUCGAAAAAUUAUUGAAAAAUAGUAAUUUUGCGGGAAUAUGAUGGCAUUGGAGAGGUAUCAUAAAACUAUAUUUUUAAAUGAAUUUACUUCAAUCUGUCACACACGAAUGAGCUUUGUAACGUUACCAAGGUAGUUGGUGCGGGAUAUAACAUUUGGUGAAAUGGGCCUCAUUUAGUGGUUCUGUUUUAUGAGCUUUUUUUCAUGACUUGGGUGAUAAAUAGGUUUUUGGAAUUCUUAGCAUUUCCGAGAUGAAUUUUUUACUACUUUGAAUGAGGGAAAGGUGUUUUGUGACAUGUUGAAUAAUCGGAAAUUUGAUGGUUUUUUCAUGACUCUAGAGUUUUGAGGUUUAUGAUAAUUAUUACAAUAAAAUUUCAAGGGCUGAUGAGUUUGGAUCGAGGUAUUUUUGAUGCGUCUUUUAAGUUAAUUAUUUUUACUCGGAGCUUCAGAAUUUGAAGGAAAAUUGGAAUUGAACAAUUUCGUAAUGAAGAUCUUUAACUUCUAAAAAGGAUAGAAGGGGCUGUUUUUGAAAAAUAGGGUUCGAACUUUUCGGCAAUUUUUUCGAAUUCGAAGUAUGUAGAUUUUUUGUUAAGUUCAUGAAACUACUAGAUUUACUGUCACUAGAAAAUUUGGAUGUUUUUCAGAAUUUACAGUAUUCUUUAAAAGGGAAAUGAUUAUUGACAAACCUUGAGGGCUUUUAAAAUAUCUGAAAAAGGCGUAAUUUUUUUUUGGGUAGAAUGGAAACCUUGUGAAUUUGUUGGUGAAAGUUUGGAGAAGGAACUAGAAAAUUUUUGUAGAAUAAAUUACUUUUUUGGUGGACGUUUUAGUGUAGUUGUUUCAAUUCGGAAAACGCGGUACCUUGGCGAAUUUCUAAGCUUUUAGAUUUAUUUUUUUAAUAAAUUUUUUUCUUUUUUUGACCUCAGUUUCAAAGCUUUUAAAACACAUUUCGGGUAACUUUUUCUCGUCAUAGUUCAAUUUCUGAAUUCGAAUCCGAGCUAGGAGGAAAAAUUAGAAAAAUUUAACGGCUAAGAAUAUUUGAUACUUCGUCGUUAUUAUUUAUAUUCAGUUUUUGCACCGUGUCGCCCGUCGCGUAUAGAAAUCCUCCGCGAAACGAACGGACGUCCCAGCGGAGAGGUUGAUCCGAAAUCUAGCAUAUCUUGAUUGAAAUUGUGAUUUUGAGGCUCGAGUCGAGUUUUCGGAUCGCAAGGAUUACGAUUCGGCGUUGCUCAAGGACAAGCAGUACUUGGGUUUGUUUUUGAAAAAAAAAAUUUCACUUUUUGCUUCAUUUAAGCUUAGGAGAAAAAAUAAAACUUGCUCAAAAAUCCAUCGGAAUUGCUUCAAAAUGAAAUUAGUACUGUUUUGGAGCUAUUUUGGCGCCUAAUCUACACUAUUUUGCUCCUUUUUCAUCAAAAAAUUUUUUAAAAAUAUUUUCACUCUAUUUCUUCCCGAAGAACGGUCCGUAUAGCCAUAUUUUUUCGCUCUUUUAUCCAUUUUUUUUUCAAAAUUGAAACGGAGUCAAAAUGGUCGGGACUGUUUAGAAACCCCAAUGGGAAUGUUUGUAUAAGCGCGUUUGUGAUCGAUUUGGCGCGCCUGGGAAUUUUUCCCUCAUUUCUCGGUUUCUCGGUGAACUUUUAGCGUUGAUCAUCAGUUUUUUUGAUAGUCCGUCAUUGGCAUGAUUUGAAGUUCGCGCUUUUACAAAAUUCGACCGGUGCGAACGCUUAUAAAAAUGCGUCCGUUUUCUAUUGUUAAUUGAUAAAAAAAGCUUUUCUUAAUCUUAUCUUUUUCACUCUUUUUGGCUAAUUUUUUUAAGUUUUGUUUUUUUCCCCUAUUUUUCCUUUUGAACAAUUCAAUAAAGUACUGCGACGAAAUUGAUGAAUUCAUAACGAUGAGUUUUUUUAUUGCUUGAAAAACUUAAGCUUCUCAUGAAGAGAUUCUAAAAACGAUUUCAUACAGUUCAUAAUUCUGUAAUAAACUUGAAAUCAGGGGAAAAAAAUAGAUUGAAUUCAACCCAGCCUAAACCCAAAUGGCGCAGAACAAGUCUGCGCCUAAUUUGGGACAAAAUAAACCUUGAAAAAUGGUUUAACAGAAGAUAUUGCCGAAAAUAAGAAGGGGCAGCACUAUACUGAUUGGACAGCGAUAUACAAAAAAUUUUUUGAUUUUAAAAGAAUAAUGAAAAUUUAAAAAAAUCCCGUAUUUUAAUAUUUUGCAAUGGAGCACAAAAAAAUCGGUCGUAUUUUAUAAGCGGUCGCAUGAGUCGUAUUUUUUUAAACGCCCGCAUGUCGUAAAUUUUCAAAAAAAUUCCCUUUUUUUCAGCCUUUAAAACUUUUUUUUUUCAUUUUAACUGACAUUUUGAUUUUUUUAGUUGACAUUGAGCUCUAAGAUUUUUCUCAAAUUCUUCCUAACUAAAUUUUUAUUUACCGUUUUUUUGAUACUUUUCAAAAAGAAUAGAUUUUUUUCUGUUUCAGCUUUGUCCAGUCCAUUUUUUCAAAUUUGUGGUCAACUUGGAUCCUUGAAGACUUUUUUUAUCUUGAACAUUUUUUUUCUCUUUUUUUCGCGAUUUCCUAAAGAUUUCCUUUCAUUUUUUUCACCUCAAAAAUCCUCAUUAUCACUUCAAUAAUUAUCAAUUUUUUCAGGUUCUCGGUACAUUGAGCUCUUCCCGGACUACCCCUACCGCUACUGA